CCUCACUCACCCACUUUACUGUAUAAGCUGGCAUCAGCGAUUCGUCUUCUCGGCGCCCCGCCCCCCUUUGUCGCUUGUUCGUUCCGACUCGACGCUGUUCGCACACACCCGCGCCACUACUGUAGACAAUUACUUGCUCAUCCAACAGCCGCAGCGCAGUCAUGCUUGGCAUCAUCAUCGACGCCAUCGCGGUCCUCUUUGUCAUCAUCUUCUCCAUUGCCCUCGGCCUCGGCAUCUCGCAGCCGUUCCAGGGCGCGCUGAUCCGUCUGCGCGCCAACUAUCUCCCCAAGGCUGUCUCGCUGGACAACGUCCUCGAGGAUGGCGCGGCUUCAUCCCGCCACGCCUUUGCCGAGUUCAUCCAGUCGAGCGAAGCUAAGAGCGCGGCCAAGAUCGGCCCCGUCGUCCCCGGCAUCUUCGCGAUGAUGCGCCGCACAAAGCGGCUCGAGGGGUGGGCUGGGCUGUACAAAGGAUCCGUACCCACAGUCAUACAACUCGUCUGGCUGUGGAUCAUCACGUGGGUUGUCUUUGACAGCACAUCGAGCGGCUUCGGAGGAUCGUAUAGGGCUGCGCCCGCUGGUCCCGGCAACUUUGCUUUCUGGGGUAACUUGGUCUUCAUGCUCCUCUUGUCCUUUGCCGCUCUUCCGCUCAAUGUUAUCUCCUUUAGAGUCAUCGUUCACCCCCGCAUUCUUCCGCUCAAUAAGCCAAUGGCAAAUCUGCAAGAGAUCCUCUCCUACUCGGAGCUGCGCAACCCGCUGAAGCUCUACACUAUUCCCGGCUUGGCGACGGCCACCGUCCUGCACAUCGGCUGGAUUGGAAUUGCGACGCGCAUCAUGCGCCACCUCUUGGUCCCCAUGCUUGGUGGGCUGGACGUGCCGGAGCCAAUCAAACCGGGUGAGACGACAUUCUCUGGUCCGACGAGCGACACGAAAAAGUACUCGACGAUCGGACUGGUCAUGUUCUUCCUCUGGAACCUCGCCAGCCUUCCAGUCCUCGCACCGAUCGAGUGCGCCAUGGUCCGCCUCAGCACGCAGCGCCCCGAGAAGCAAAAUCCGCUGCAUCUGGCGUAUGCCAAGCCAGCGUCGACGCUAAACAGCUACAGCCACCAGGCGAGCGUACCUGCUCAGACGAGCCCGCAAGCUACUGCGGCCGAAACGGACAUGCCGAGCCGCACGUCGUUCGCUAUCGAAGAUCAGGAAGAGGCAGAGGAGGCUGCUGGAAAUGCCUUUGCUUCUGAGCCUCUGAACCCACAAUCCGCGAGCGCAAACGCGAACGCAACUCCGGCUCCAGUUUCAGCGCCUACGCCAGCUCCACCUCGCUACUUGCCAACCAUCUCGCGCGAGCCCGCGGAGCCAGUCAUCGCGCUGCGACCCUGUGACGAGGCCGACUCAGCCGAGGAGGCCGCGCGCCUGGAGCGCGAAGGUGGGUUCGGCGCGCCGGUCGUGUCGCGUUACACGGGCCUGGUGGACUGCCUGCGCAAGAUGCGCGACGAGGAAGGCAUCGAGAGUCUUGGUCGCGGCUGGUGGGUUACGCUGAACGGUCUACUCAUUGCGAGCUUUUCGUAGUGGAUGCGGGAUCAAGGGAAGAUGAGGUGAUGCAAGGAGGAAAGGUGGGAAGGAUGCUUGUGCGCCUGCUUGGCCGCGCCAUGCAUCGGAGAGCAGCGCCCGGCUCGUGCCCAAGGAAGACAUAGCCCAGGCAAGCCUGCAACUCUGGCAAUGCUGCCAAGCACGCGCCCAUCCAUUAGUUUUCAGCGGUUGACCAGACCUGCUUCAAGUCAUCUAGGAUGGAGCUGUGAGACAGUUCUCUUUUCUUUUCCAGCCAUUGUAAUGUACCGAUCACGUUCUUCAAGAUCGACUAUCGUCGAGUGUUCCCUGCAAUACAUGUGAGCGCUGCUGAUGAGCAU